GAACACGAUUGAGAGAAGAGAGGAUGUUCUACCAUGCUGCGUUUGUUGUACCGCACUACGUUGCAUUCGUGUUCCUGCACCCCGCAGACGUGUGUGUUAGUCGCUCCACCCCAACCAAAUUACCGGGCUAACUUCCCUUUUGAGAGGAUCCGACACACAUGUGAAGUGGGUGGUGAGGGACUGAGAACAGACCUGGUCCAGUCAGGCUGUGGUGCAGUGAGAGGAAGAGAAGGGGAGCUUGGCACGGUGGGGGGUGCAGGGUAGUGCGGAACACAGAGAGGGUCGCCGCAGUAUUUCAAAAAAACAAACAGCUGCAGAGGCACGACAAGGACUGAGUGAAGGAGAGCUGCAUGGAUACGCGGCACAGGUGAGGGGGGGAGAAAGACUUUACCAAAUAUAAAAGGUAGUACUGAAUAUAUUUGCAGUGUCAUCACAUGGGUGGGCUGGACUCUGCACGUCAUGUGACAAGAAGCCAAUAAGAGAAAGGCACUACGGCGGGAGGAAGGAGGGUUGAGGAGAGAGACGUCAUUGGGGAGAUGGCAGAGAAAGUUGUGGUGAGGACUGUUUGGUGUCGCCGCGCUACCAGCAUGUGGCGUCUUGGCGCUGUCAGGAGGCGGCCUGCUCGGCUCUCCGCCUGACGCAGCUGCCGACAUGGAGUGGAAGGAGGUGGACCUGGUGCAGGAGUUCACCCUUGAAGGACAAUGCAGCAAAAUGAAAGUGCGCUCCUGCAGGAUCACAUGGGACAGCCUGCAGGUUCCCUGUGCGGAGCUGACCCUCUCCCAGCUGCAGGACAUGGCCACAAGACAGCAGCAACACAUGGAAGCUCAGCAACACACGCUGGCGGCCAAGGAGCAGCGUUUGAGGUAUCUUCAACACGGAGGCAGAUCCAACCAGGGACUGACACAGUCUGAAGCUGAGAAGCUACAACGGCUGAAGGAGCGAGUGGAGACCCAGGAGGCAAAGCUGAAGAAGAUCCGAGCCAUGAGAGGACAAGUGGACUACAGUAAACUGAUCAACGGCAACCUCUCCGCAGAGAUUGACCACGUGAGCAGCCUGUUUCAAGAGAAGCAGGCAGAGCUGCAGUCUGCUGUGGUCCGAGUCGACCAGCUGACCCAACAGCUGGAAGAUCUGAGGAAAGGACGACUGCAAUUGCAUUCUGCCGCGUCCCAGAAGGGGACACUCAACAGGGGUGUGACCGCUGGAAUGAAAGGGUCUCCGCUAUCAGGCACUGCGGCUUUAGAACUGAGGAAACUCUACCAAGAGUUACAGGCUCGUAACCAUCACAACCUGGAGCGCGGCAGCAAGUUUGCCCAGAGCAAGGAGCUGCUGAACAAGAAGAACAGCCAGGUGACCGCCAUGGACCAACGCAUUGGAGACCUGAGGGAGCGACUGCAUAAGAAGCGAGCAGAAUUGGCUCGCAUGAACGGAGGAGGCCCGGCCUUUCCCCAAAGCUCUGCCCGUCCGAGCGGUGGAGUUUCAGGCCGAGUGGCUGCGGUUUUCCCCUACAUCAAAGCUCCACCAGAAGGGGGACAGGAAGUCGGCUACAAGCUCUCACCCGACCCAUCGCCCAAAGCCACUCCACUCACUCACAUCCGCUCCUUGUCGGACGAGGACAGGAGUGGCGUCAGGAAGCCUCCCAGCCAAUGGCAAGUGUCAGAUUUAGACAUCGUCCUGUCAGAUGGAAACGACACCUGCCAAGGGCCUCGGUCUCCCCAGGGGUUCAAGAGUGACACUAACAGCGCCACCAGUGAUGCAUCGUGGACUAGUACUGGUACAAAAGUGGCCAACUGGAAGACUACUGCUCCAGAACAGCUCCCUUACGGCUAUGGCACCUACCCCAGUGCCACCCACCAGGCAGCGGGGCAUCACUGCUCCACCAGCUCCCUCCCUCGCUCUGCCCCUGGCACCCUGGGGUGGCCUCCAACUAGCACCUCAUCUUUGUCCUCACAGCAAAUCUCCGUCCCUCCAAACACCAACCAAGGCUCCGCCUCCAGCGCCCGCUCAUCCCCCCUGCCCCACCAGAGUGAGCGCACCGAUCCUCCUCCGGCUGUGGCUGUACGUCCAUACGUGCCCGACCAUCCCUCCAGGCCCCAGUCUCCUAGGAGAGGCCCUGCCACCAUGAACAGCAGCUCCAUCUACAACAUGUACCUGCAGCAGCCUCACACCAAACACUACGGAUCUCUCACCAGGAGCAGCGGCAGAGCAAUCUAUGGCAAACCCAUCCUGCCGCCAUCUUCCACACCGCUGCCCGUCCUCCAGGGAGGAGGCAGCAGGACAGCAGAAGAUGUUCCAGACAAGGAAGAAGGACAAGAAGUUGGAGGAGGAAAAGCUGAUGAUGGUCAAGUCCUGCCUCCUCCUAACGUGGACAACAUCCCUCGUCCUCUCAGUCCUACCAAGCUGACUCCAGUUGCCUACUCCCAACUUCGGUACCAGAGCGAUGUUGACCUGGAAGUCCUCCGCCGCCGCCUCAGCAACGCCCCACGACCCCUGAAGAAACGCAGCUCCAUCACUGAACCUGAGGGCCCCCAGGGCCCCAACAUCCAAAAACUACUGUACCAGAGGUUCAACACCUUGGCUGGAGGCAUUGACGGAGUCUCAGGCAACACCUUCUACCAGCCUGACCGUCUUCUGGGGGACGUGGACAGCAGCCACUCGGCAGAGGGGAACGUCCAAGAGGGUCCGGCACCAGAAGACACGGAAGUUCAGAACCUGAACCUGGACUGUCGUCGCUUAUCUCCGGCGGCCUGCGAGACGUCCGGUGAGGCGACGACCACGGGACAAACCAAACACAAUGGCUCCCAAUGGCCGCCAAGCAGAGGUGCCUCGGCUCCCGUGAGGCCCGAAGACCAGAAUAAAAACAACUCGGAUUCUAGUCCGGCCCGUAAAGUCACGAGUCACGUUUCGCCCUCGCCGUCACCGCCUGCACCUUCUUCACAGCCUCCUAAGGGCAAACGCAGCAACUUGAAGAAGCCCUGGUCAGAGCGCAGCGGGCACGGGCUGAGGGUGAAGUUUAACCCUCUGGCUCUGCUGCUGGAUGCCUCGCUGGAGGGGGAGUUUGACCUGGUGCAGAGGAUUAUAUAUGAGGUGCAAAAUCCCAGCAUGCCAAACGAUGAAGGCAUCACCCCUCUUCACAACGCCGUGUGUGCCGGUCAUCACCACAUUGUCAAGUUCCUGCUGGACUUUGGAGUCAACGUCAACGCAGCAGACAGCGACGGGUGGACCCCUCUGCACUGUGCAGCUUCAUGCAACACCGUCCACCUGUGUAAGAUGCUGGUGGAGUCAGGGGCCGCCAUCUUUGCCCAAACUAUCAGCGACGUGGAAACUGCAGCAGACAAAUGUGAAGAAAUGGAGGAGGGCUACACCCAGUGCUCUCAGUUCCUCUAUGGUGUCCAGGAGAAGAUGGGCGUGAUGAACAAAGGCCUGGUCUACGCCCUCUGGGACUACAAGGCCCAGCAGCCGGACGAGCUGACCUUCAGCGAGGGCGACGCCCUGACGAUCGUACGGCGGCGUGACGACACCGAGACCGACUGGUGGUGGUCUCGGCUCGAGGAGCGCGAGGGGUAUGUUCCCAGGAACCUGCUGGGGCUGUACCCCAGGAUCAAACCCAGACAACGCUCGCUGGCCUAGAGCCCAGACCAUCCAGGAGAAGAGAGUCACUUUUUACUCUGACUGGGGAUGGAGGCGAUUGGACAAGAGGAGGAACUCCCACUUCAGACAAAAGUGACAUUUUAUUUUUCCACAAAUGCUGAAUAGCGCCGCCUAGUUGUUGCUCGGUGCUUCCAUGAAAUAAUCCUCAGCAACAUCUCGCCUGAAUGUAGACAAAGUCGUACGACGACACGGCAGUUUGGAAUGAUACGACUCUGGCUGCGUCUCAACUGGUGCAUACUGACUCUCCAGGGCCUGAUCUACUAAGUCGUCCCCUAAAUCAGCAAAAUAGAGAGCGCCAUCCAGCUAGCGUGAUGUACAAAAAACCCCAAAAGCAGUGAAGUUGUCACGUUGUGUAA